AGUUGCUGUCCCUACACUAGGAUUAGGAAACUCUCCUCUCUCUAUGCUUUAGCGCUCAAUCGCCCUCCCUUUUCCUCCCUCUUCUCCCGCAGUGCGUUAACCGGCACAUCCCUACACGAGAGGCAUAAAUGCGCUCAACACCCCACCAGCCAAUCAAGAGCCGGUUAACGCACUGCGGGGAGAGAGGGAGCGAGAGCACAGAGAGAGGAGUUUCCUGAUCCUAGUGUGGGAGCAGCAACUAGUGACAGCCUUUGUUUGGUAAGAGCCAGAAGCUCAGAGCUAACCCUGUUUUAUGAGAGUGGACCGUACAGAGGACAUCUACAACCCUCCCUUGAUUUAGCUUCAAGGGAAGGGGCUUGGUCAUCAAGUCAAGUGAGUGUAUUAGGGAUGGUGCAGACUCGACAAACCGGCUUCGUUGUUAACACUUGGGGGUGUGCAGAGGAGAGUCCUUGGGAUUAAGGGCUGGAGGAAGGCUUUCGGCUGGCUGGUGGUAAUCUUUACAGAGAACAAGGAGGGUCUUUAAAUGCCUGAGGUUGACUCCUUUUGACUGCUCGAGAGAGAGAGAGGUAGGCUGAUGUGACCACAGAGUACACCAAUGGCUUCUCCACCCCCCCCACCCCCUCCAACCUCAGUGCCUGUGUCCAACAUGGCCUCUAAGAUGGAGGAGGAAGAGGAAGGUAUGAAGUUUGACUUUGACAACAGUGAUGAAGAGUGCAGUACGACACCAGCGAACUCUGUCUCUACCAUGGCCAAGGGCUUUGAAGCCACUGUGAUGGCGGGGCUUGCAUCAAAAAGGAACACAAUGGGCCCUAGUUCUGCCCAAGACCCAACAGUAAAGCCAAGGCUCAAUGGAUGGCCGUCUGUUGGAAAGGAGGACCAGAGCAUGCAUUCACUCCCUCAUUCCAAUAGCUCAGAGAUGGCUGGAAGAAGGUCUCCUGAGGGCCGCUCUGAGCUGGGAUUGUCAGGAGACACAGAGGGCUCUGGGAGAAGAAAUAGCAUUUAUGAAGCAGGAUCUAUGAAUGAGUGCUACUACACCCCUAUCUUAAAGGCUGACCACAUAGACACUCAGACAGUUCAGGCACCGUAUGGAGCCACCUCAGCCAAGGAGUGGUUCAGUGUGGUCUCAGAGCUCACUCUGCGACUGCAUAAAGGGAAACCUCCCCCUAUUCUUGAUGUAGGAGGUCCAGGUGAUGCAGCAAGUCCUGAAAAUGAAAAUGUGUCUAGUCCAGAGGGCCUGCAAAGUCCAGAUGGUCUGGCUUGCACAGACAGCCCACCCAGCCCCACCAGUCCCGAUAACGUCAUGACCGAUCCAACCCUCCGCCAUGACGUGACCAACUGGACCAGCCCUGAUGAUAUCAUCAUGACUAGUCCAGAGGCCAUCUUUAGGACCAGUCGUCCAGAGGUCAUCUAUGAUGACGUGCCCUGUGAGAGCCUCCUCUCUCCUCUGGAAGAUGACAUCUACGAGGACGUCCAGAGGCCAGAAAGCCAUCAUGGCACCAACAACGGAUGGAGCGACAGUGAGUUUGAGAGCUAUGAUGAGCAGUCAGACAGCGAGACAAAAAUACCCAGUGUUGCGCGAAGCAGUAGUAAGCUUUCUCAGGACAUGUGGCGACUGAAAGAGCGCUGUGCCAAGACCAAGCAGGAUCUGGCCAUGCGCAGCUGUGACUUCAAGGUCCAGAUGCUGAUGAAAGCAGCUAGAAAUGGCACCAAGGACGGACUGGAAAAGACUAAGUUAGCUAUGAUGCGUAAAGUCUCUUUCCUGCAGAAAAAAGAAACCGCGGAGGAGAGUGAUGAUGACGCUGGUUAUCUGGACGUGAUGGUGUCUGAAGUGAAGCACCCACCGCCCCAGCUGAGCCCUAUGCCAAAGGGGCUUAGCACCCAACAGAUUAUCAGACGCCACAUCGUUGGUUCCAUUGUACAAAGUGAGAGGAGUUAUGUGGACUCUCUCAAGAGAAUCUUAGUGGAGUACCAGAAGCCCUUGCUUGAGCCAGAGGCCCGGAUCCUGAGCGAUAAGAAGGUGCGGCCCAUAUUUUACCGGCUGCGGGAGAUCCUGCAGUGCCAUUCAAUGUUCCAAAUCGCCCUGGCAUCCCGUGUGGCCGAGUGGGACCUCAGUGAGAAGAUCGGAGACCUCUUUGUGGCCUCGUUUUCCAAGUCAAUGGUACUAGACGUGUACAGCGACUACGUCAACAACUUCACUAACGCUAUGGCGCUCAUCAAGAAAGCCUGCAUUUCCAAGCCAGCUUUCCUGGAGUUUCUCAAGAAGAAGCAAGUGUCAAGUCCUGACAGAAUCACUCUUUAUGGCCUUAUGGUUAAACCAAUCCAGCGCUUCCCUCAGUUCAUCCUGCUGCUACAGGACAUGCUGAAGAACACUCCCCGGGCCCACCCUGACCGCCUGCCCCUGCAGUUGGCCCUCACUGAGCUGGAGACGUUGGCCGAGAGGCUGAACGAGCAGAAACGAGUCGCUGACCAGGUCGCUGAAAUCCAGCAGCUGGCACGCAGCAUUGGUGACCGUCAACUGAGCAAGCUCUUGAACUCAGACCAGAGGCAGCUGAUACUGUGCGAGGUACUGAUUGAGACAGUGUACGGGGAGAAAGGACAGAUCCUUAAGUCCAAGGAGCGCAAAGUUUUCCUGCUGAACGACACCCUCAUCUGUGCAAACAUCAACGUCAAAUAUGAGAAUCACGGCAUUGAUAGUGUCAUAAAUGAACAAAGGGGUCCCCCUGAUAUCAGCAGUCUAGUUCCCAUUGGUCCUAAAUACACAGUGAAGUGGAGUGCCCCCUUGCUGCAGACGCAGGUAGUGGAGGUGGGACAGGAGAGCUUCCAGAGCAAAGAUACUGGGAAACGGCCAAACGUUGCUAAUGUUCCUGGUAAAGUGUUCCUGGGCCCUCCCAGACUCUACCAGGAGCUGGAGGAGCUACAACACGACCUGUAUGUGGUUGAAAACAUCACCUUGCUGGUGGGGACUUUACAAGGCACCUACCAGAACCUGAACACAACAGUAGGGCAGGACUGGUGCCUUGCACUGCAGAGGCUCAUCCACAUCAAAGAUGAACAGAUCCAGUGUGCCAACAAGUGCCGCCUGCGGCUGGCUGUGCCAGGCAAGCCUGACAAAUCUGGACGACCGGUCAGUUUUAUGGUGGUUUUCAACACUCCCAGUCCCCUCAGCAAGAUCUCCUGGGUCAACCGCCUACACCUCGCCAAGAUAGCCAAGAGGGAAGAGAACACGCCAGGCUGGGUGUUUGCAGAGGAUGAUGGGAAGACUAGACAUCCAUUUUGGUGUCCCCUGCUAGCCUGCCGACUUCCCAUCUUCUCCUCCAAAACACAAGACCAAAAGCUGGAGACGGCCCUUCACAACCCGGUCCAAUGUGCCCUGCUGGCUUUCUCUGCAGCCAGCACCUCUCUGCCGCAGGGCUACCUUUGGGUGGCCAGUGGAGGUGACCGCAACCAUGGUCAAGUGGAAAUCUUCUCUCUGAACCGCUCCAUGCCGCGCAUGGUCAAGUCCAUCCAGAUGGGGGCGCCAGUCCUGUGUCUGGAUCACGUGAUGGAGCCUUGUCCCACAGAGGAGGAAGGGGAGGGGGAGGCUGCUGUCAAGAGCACAGCCAGGACUGGCAACACCAUCUGUGUAGGCCUGCAGGAUGGCAACAUUCAUGUGUACGGUACCGUGGACACUUCAACCCAGUGCCUGCUGACCUUCUCCAACCCGGACAGUUGUCCAGUUCUGUGCCUGAAACACUCUGCCUCCUUCCUGUUCGCUGGGCUGGGGAAUGGAAAAGUGUCUGUUUAUGCUCGGAAGAGUGGAGAGGGGCUGUGGGACCCUGAAUCGUGCAGGCUGGUGACUGUGGGCAGUGGCCCCAUCCGCACCCUCCUAACCCUAGAGAAUGCUGUGUGGGCCAGCUGUGCCAACCACGUCACCGUCAUCCAGGGCUCCAGCCUCCACACACAGAGUUUUGACGCGCACCCUGGGCCACUGGUCAGUGUGAGUCACAUGUUGCGGGCGGGGGGAGGGGUGUGGAUGGCCUUUUCCGAGGGCUCAUCCAUCCGCCUGUUCCACACGGAGACACUGGAGCACCUGCAGGAGAUCAACAUCUCCACACGCUCCACCUUCCUCAGCCCAGGGCAACAGGGCAGCGUCCGGGUCACCAGCCUACUCAUUUGCCAGGGGCUGCUGUGGGUGGGCACUGCCCAAGGCAUCAUCGUCACCCUGCCCGUGCCCAAACUGGAGGGUAUCCCCAAAAUAACAGGUAAAGGGAUGACGUCUCUAAACGCUCACUGUGGCCCUGUGGAUUUCCUUGUGGUCACCUCCAGCACCCUGUCCCCAGACAUGCUCAAACGGGAUUCUGUCUGCGAGACUGCCGACCAGGCCAAUGGGGGAGCGGGAGGAGGAGAGGAUGGGGAGCGGAGGAAUGAAUUGUCCCAGGAGUCACUCUCGCAACCUGACUGCUCCUCCCCUCAGGGAGAGCCCUCCAAGGCCAAGGGAAUGCUGCUUCAGUAUCGCCUCCGCUCAACCACCCAGCUGCCCGGCAAGCUGCUGACAGCCGAACCCGACCAGAGCCCAUGUGACGCCCCACCGGAGACCCCGGAGCACAGCCCUGAGGACGGCUCUAUCUAUGAGCUGAGCGAGGACCCUGAGGUAUGGGUACGGGGGCAGCCCCCGGCCAGGGAGGGGCGUGGGAAGGACAAGGUGACCUCGGCUGCCGUCUUCUCCGGAGGCAGGGGGUUCCGUCGACUUGGGGAGGAGACUAUAGCAGCCAAUGGGGACCCAGAUGAAAGUACGCUCAUGGUUUGGCAACUCCCACUAACAGUGAGUCCAUGAGGAUACAAGACUGAUUGGACGAGACGAGAGCUGGCUCCGGCAGGCUCCUCCCACUCGCCUGAUGUAUUGCGUGCUCUAUGAAGAAGAGACUAUUAAACAAUAUAUAUUCAGGAUGACUAGACUGUCAUGAAGGGCUAUACAGGAUGGUACAUUCCUCUACCACCUUGGUGGUUGGAUUUCUGGAUGGAGUCUGAGGGAGUAGUGGUGUGCUGCAAACUGUGUUUGACAUGUUUCAGGAUCUCACACACACUCCUCCCAGCAGAUGCUUCUUCAGUCUGGCAGAUCUAGACCAGGGGUCUCGUCAAAUGGAAUUUGAGGAGGUUCACUCAACAUGAUUUUGCAUUUUGCACGUUCUUGAAAAAAGUAUAAUUGACAAGUGAUUGAAAAGUGACAGUUACGAAUGUUAGAUUUCGAUUUUCUUGUUGUCACUCUAAUUGACUCCUAUUGCCAGUGUAUCACGUGUGUUGCUAACACAGAACAUGUUAAUGUUAGGGUGUAUGGGAGCAUGUUUAUAAAGUACUUCUAAACUCUUUACACCCCCCCCCCCUUAUAGGGUACGUUCAUGUAAAGUGUUACCAGUUAACUUAAUGUAAAGUAGAGAUACAGUACACUGACAGGUAUCCCGCUUUUGGGGUGAAAAGAGAAAUCUACAUGUAACAUUUCUCUAAAAUCAACUUGAUGAUCAACAUACUGUGUAAUAACAUCUUGUCCUGUCUUUCUGUGAGAAUUUUGUCUAAUGUCCUGUUUUCCAUUUCAAUAAUCCAGAAGAUGUGAAGAAGAAGAAAAAGCACCAAGGGAAAGAAUGUCUUAGCUACUUUAUGCUUGACAGGUACUUAUUUUGGACAGUGUGUUUACAGUGUGUUACUUUGUUAUUUGAAUAAAGGGAUCAUGGUCUGA